AAUAAAAUUUGAAGGGUUCAUAACGGUCGUGCUUCACCCGCUAAAUUACGACGACAGCCCAAAGCCACAGGAACCCAACCCAAACUCAACCAGCAACCCAAGCCAGCCGGCCAUGGCGUGCACGAUACCUCUCUCUCCUUCUUCCUCCUCUUGUUCUUUUCUACUCUCCCACACAACCAUUUUCCGUUUCAGAAGCCCCAUACAUCUUUCGACCUCCUCCUCACGAAGACGACUCUCAGUCUCAGUCUCUGCUUCUUCUUCUUCUUCUCUCCAAGCUCUAAUUUUCGACUGCGACGGGGUAAUCCUCGAGUCUGAACACUUGCACCGCCAAGCAUACAACGAGGCCUUCGAGCAUUUCAAUGUUCGUUGCUCUUCCUCUGCCUCUCAGCCCCUCAAUUGGGACCUCCACUUCUACGAUCAGCUCCAGAACCAAAUCGGCGGUGGAAAACCUAAAAUGCGAUGGUACUUUAAGGAGCAUGGGUGGCCGUCAUCCACGAUCUUCGAGAAGCCUCCGGAAGAUGAUGAGGGCCGGGCCAAGAUCAUCGAUACUCUUCAGGAUUGGAAAACUGAAAGGUACAAAGAAAUUAUCAAAUCCGGAACUGUGGAACCAAGACCAGGAGUUUUAAGAUUAAUGGACGAGGCUAAGGCUGCUGGGAAAAAGCUUGCUGUUUGCUCUGCAGCAACUAAAAGUUCAGUAAUAUUAUGUCUUGAGAACCUUAUAGGAAUUGAGCGCUUUCAAGGUCUUGAUUGCUUCCUUGCUGGUGAUGAUGUGAAGGAAAAGAAGCCCGAUCCUUCAAUUUAUCUUACAGCUUCCAAGAAACUCGGUAUCCCAGAAAAAGAUUGUUUGGUUGUGGAGGACAGUGUCAUUGGGCUACAGGCAGCAACAAAAGCUGGGAUGUCAUGUGUGAUUACCUACACAUCUUCAACAGCUGACCAGGAUUUUAAAGAUGCAAUAGCAACCUAUCCUGACUUAAGCAAUAUAAGACUGAAAGACUUGGAAUUAUUACUUCAAAAUGCUGUCAUUGCCAAUUAAGAAAGUUCUUGCACUUGGAUUGUUAAGGAGUGAAGCCAUCUGCCAUUGUAUUUUUGUUGAAUUUUUCAUUCACAAAUGGCUCUAUAUGAUGUAUUCAUUAACAGCUUACAUGUACAUAUGUAAAAUAACAAACAUUUCUACCAUAAAAAGCUAAGGCUCUAGCUCACAUGGACGAAUCCAGUUUUAUUUUUUGUAGCAAUCGUAUGCCUUCUGUAACAAAUUAAAAGGAUGCACUCUUUUUCUUA